AUGGCACCCUCUCGGGGCCCGCAACCCCUCCCUCGUACCCUUCACAAAACGCUUUCAUCUCAUAAGGGCGCAGUACACGUCUCACGCUACGCUAAAGGAGCCGCAAAAUAUGUUCUCACCGGUGGGCAAGACCGGUCCAUUCGUCUCUGGAACCCAAGUCUUGGUACAGAAAUCAAGUCGUAUAACGCUCAUGGAUACGAGGUACUCUCGAUAUGCGUUGCACACGACAACGCGAAAUUCGCAUCUUCCGGAGGCGAUAGGUCUGUGUUCAUAUGGGACGUCACGUCCGGAGAGACCAUUCGACGGAUUUCUGGACACAUGACAAAGAUCAACGUCGUCGAGUUCAACAAGGAUGCUACCGUCGUUGCCAGUGGCUCGUAUGAUUCAACCGUCAAGCUCUGGGAUCUGAGAUCCCAGAACAGACAGCCCAUCCAGUCGUUGGAAGAAGCGCGGGACUCUGUUCAGACGCUUUACAUCGGUCCCACAAUCAUCAUGUCUGGCUCAGUCGACGGUCACGUCCGUACAUACGACCUUCGCAAGGGCGAAUUUCGCGCGGACUACAUCGGACACCCGGUAACAUCCAUCGUCCCGACUCAAGACGAGUCGACUUAUCUCGUCACCACGCUCGACGGACACAUUCGACUCAUGGAUGCCUUCAGCGGAAAGAUGCUCAAUGACUUUACUGGCCAUAGUCAUACUUCUUACAGGUGUAGGGCAUGUUUUGGUCACGGAGAAGCCAGCGUGGUGUGUGGAGACGAGAAGGGAGAGGUCUGGGCUUGGGACCUACUUGACUCAACUCCCCUCCAGCCCAACCCACCACCAAAAGUGCACCACAAGGUCAUCACUUGGACGGAACACCACCCAAAUGAGGCUGGGGAGAUGAUAACUGCCAGUGCUGACGGCACGGUGAAAGUCUGGAGACACCCAGACUCGGGUUCCUGACAUUCCGAUAUCCAUGUACUUUUGUAUCGAGAUUCGUUGACUUGUCUAAUAUAUU